UUGUGUUUUUUGCGUGCUUUUUUUUGGUUGUCAUAUAAACACGUAUUGUCCAAUAAGAAUAGUGGUGUAUUAUACAAGACGUAUCAUUUGAAAAUAAGAUAUUUAAGAAAAAACAACUUGUAUAAACUUUUGGAAUAAACUGGAGUAAACUUUUGCUGACGAUGACGGAAAAAGUACGGAGAUAUGAGAAAAUCGAUUUUCUGGGUGAAGGACAGUUCGCCACGGUUUACAAGGCAAAAGACAUAGAGACGAAUAAAAUUGUGGCUGUAAAAAAGAUUAAAGUUGGAAGUCGUGCUGAAGCUAGAGAUGGCAUAAAUCGGACUGCUUUACGAGAAAUUAAAUUGCUGCAAGAGUUAAAGCAUGACAAUAUCAUUGGCUUGUUAGAUGUUUUUGGUUAUAAAUCAAAUGUAUCGUUAGUAUUUGAUUUCAUGGACACUGAUCUGGAAGUGAUAAUAAAAGAUAGCAAUAUAGUUUUAACCGCAGCCAACAUAAAGACAUAUAUGAUUCAAACCUUACAAGGCCUUGACUAUCUUCAUUUCAAUUGGAUACUCCACAGAGAUCUAAAGCCAAAUAAUUUACUGGUAAAUUCAGAAGGUGUUCUGAAAAUUGGAGAUUUUGGCCUGGCGAAAUUUUUCGGGUCACCUAACCGGAUAAAUACUCAUCAAGUAGUCACGAGAUGGUACAGAGCGCCUGAAUUACUUUACGGUGCUAGACUUUAUGGGACUGGAAUUGAUAUGUGGGCAGUAGGCUGUAUAUUAGCUGAGCUUCUGUUGCGAGUGCCAUUUUUGCCUGGUGAAUCUGAUUUAGAUCAACUCACUAAAAUAUUUCAGACAUUAGGCACUCCAACGAAAGAAACAUGGCAGGGGAUGACUGAAUUACCAGAUUUUAUUCAAUUCAAGCCCUUUCCUGGCAUGCCUUUGAAGCAUAUAUUUACUGCUGCUGGCGAUGAUCUUCUUGACUUAAUUGCUAGUUUUUUGAAUGUGAAUCCAUUAGAAAGAUGUACAUGUGACCAAGCACUGCAAAUGCCAUACUUUAGUAAUAAACCUGCACCUACAGCUGGACCUAAAUUGCCUCUACCUAUGAUCAUUAAACGUCAACGUGAAGAGAGACCCAGUUUGAAAAGAAAACUGUUAGAAUCGAUAGAAGGAGCCUCUUUAGCUAAAAAAUUACAAUUUUAAUUGUGAUUGAUGCUAAAACAAAUAGACAAAAUAAGAAAUUGUUCAUUAAAUACAACAGUGCCAAUUUCAGAAAAUUAGAGAGAUCUCUAAUUGUGAUAUUGUAUGUCGAGAUAUUGUGUAGCGUGUUGUAGCAAAUUGUAGCAAAUUUUAUAAAAGUAUUACUUGAACAUAUAAAAGCAUUGUAUGCUUAUAUUUUAAUAUCUAAUAAUUUUUACGGCAUGAAAUUCUAAUAAUAAUUUAU